AUAACAUUCAGAAAACAGGACAUCAUGGCACAAGAGUAAUGAGUAAUGACAAUGUCAGUGUUGCUAACAUAGCCACACUUCAAAUUCAUUAAAUGAGAGGAGCCAAAAAAAUCAAACUUCCUACAAAAACUUCAACAGCUUCCCCAACACCUACAAGCAAGAGGAGCUUUAAAAGCCAUAUUAAAAAACAACAUUUCUGUUUUAGUUUGCUAAGAUCAAAUACAAAACUUUAUAAUUUUGAGUGAGUUUUGUAUUUGAUCUAAGAUAAUCAAAAUGCCUUCAAUUUCAGCUGUUUUAUCAAACUUUCCAUUAACGAUCCCUCCAUCAAAGUUAUUCAGAGGACGAUCAACCGACAAUAAUGCCACACUUCUCUACAACUUUGGACCAAAUUUACCUUCUCAAGUUACAAGAUUGCAAGUUAAGCUUGAUAAUGUUCAAGACCCUUUGAAGCUCAACAAUUUCACCAAGACUGAACCCGAAAAAAGAAGGUAUACACUAGAUGAGUACGUAGUGGGUCAAAAAUUCCUGGUUAGACUUUAUGAGCUUGAUAUCCAUCAAAAAGCAUCAUUGGAGGCUUUGCUUAAUUAUACACAGGAAACGGGGGUGAACCUAUUCCAAAGUUCGGGACUAGUGGUGGAAGGAUUUGGUGUGUCAAAGGAGAUGACUAGUCGAAACCUAAUAUGGGUUAUUGGAAGGAUGCAUGUUCAAGUCGAAUCUUAUCCUUCAUGGGGAGAUAUUGUUCAAGUGGAGACUUGGUGCUCAGGCUUAACAAAACAUUGCCUCACAUGUAGCUCUAGACUAAUUGAUGCAAGUACAGGAAACAAUAUCAUGCGAGUUGACAGUGAGUUUGUGAUGAUUAAUGAGAAAACGAGGAGGCUAUCAAAAAUCCCAGAGGAGAUCAAAGCUAAAGGAGAUCCUUAUGUCAAGGAUUACAUUGAUCCCCCUCUUACUGAGGAUAAGCUCAGGAAAUUACAUAAACUUGAUCAAGACAAAGCCGAUUAUAUCCUUGGAGGAAUUAAGCCUUUAUGGUUCGACUUGGAUCCCAAUCAACAUGUCAAUAAUGUCAAGUACAUAUGCUGGAUUCUUGAGGGAACCCCGGAAGCAGUGAGGGAAAACUAUGAACUGAGAUCGAUAACAUUGGAGUACAGGAGAGAAUGUGGGAGAGAUAGUGUGUUGCAAUCCCUCUCAGCUGCAUCUGCUCAAGUUCCUGACGAAUAUCAUCAUUUACUUCGUCUGGAAAAUGGCAAGGAAGUUGCAAGAGCUAGAACCUCAUGGACGAAGUCCAGUAAAUUACUACGUAAUUAGUGAACAAGUAUAAUACAUCUUUUUUUCACCACGAGUUGAUAACGAACUUGUUACAACCAUAUCAUAUCAUCAACGGGUUUCUGAAUCAUGUGACAUUGAUCAGAGAUAUAAAGUACGGGUUUUAGGACCACCCCUCCCCCUACCUACAUUUACUUCAUGUACUCGACUUUGUUGCAUUUCUUAGUUUCAGAUUAAGGCCAAACUCAACCUGACCUGCCUUGUGAGUUUGUAACUUGUGAAAACUUAUUUGUGUUACUAGAUUGGUUAUUCCAA